CAGCUCAACAUCAAGAGAAAGCAAGCAUUGAUUUUUGACGGAGAGUUCACUUUCUAUAGCAGUGUAUCUUGACGACACCACGGGACACUUUCUUUACGGUUAUUAUCAGCAGCGGACGCGGACUCUGAAAGUGUCAUAUCCAUCAACAGGAUAGUUAUUCACUUCUUUUAUAACCUCAGCAGGAUUUAUUUCAUUGAAAUACACCAUGAGUAUGCAGGACCUUCCUCGUUCUUCUCUCGGAGGCUUGACAUCAGCCAUGCAACAUUUGCCUUACUACUACACAGCGGAGCAGCUAAAGCAGUGUUCAGCCGCCAGCAUGCUAGCCGGACAUAGUCCUUCUCUUUUUACUAUUGAUAGUAUACUUGCUCCCCGGCCCCAGCUUCCCUACCAGAGACAUAAUAUGAACCCUUAUCUUCCUUAUGCGGCCGCGGCUGCGGCUGCGGCAGCAUUCCCUCACUCGCCAUCUGACUUCUUAGCGUAUUCCCCAUUCGCUGGAUUCAUGCCCCAUGAAUUCGUCAGGGCAGGCCAGAAGCGGAAGAGGCGCCAUCGCACUAUUUUCACUGAGGAACAAUUAGAAGAAUUAGAAGCUACAUUUCACAAGACGCACUACCCUGAUGUAUUACUACGUGAAGAAUUGGCCAUGAAAGUAGAUCUCAAAGAGGAGCGAGUAGAAGUUUGGUUCAAGAACCGACGUGCCAAAUGGAGGAAGACAAAACGCGAGGAAGAGGCGGCAAAGAAACGAGCAGUCGAGGCGGCAGCGGCCCUGGAAGCUUCCAAACAUGGUGUGACCCCCGAGGCCGUGGAGACGUCACCCGUCGAACCCCACAUCUCAGCGGACUCCAGCGACGACGAGGACUCUAUUGACCUGUCACCUAUCAAAUCCUACGAGGAAUCAGAUCUCAUGCGAACGCCAUCACAUUCUAUCUCAGCAUCUUUAUCGUCACCUACAGACCUAUCUAGUCACCAUUCAACAAAGGAUAGUGACGUCACGAUAUGAUGAUGAUGUCAUGACACGUGAUCUCUAAGACACUGACUUUUAUUGAACUAUUUUGUUCUCUACAUGCUGCCAUAACAAUCGCAGGAAUUCUUUAGUGAUUGGACUAUAUUAUGUGCAUUGUUCAAGGACAUGAACAACGCCCGACGCUUUGGACUUUGUAACAAAGCCAAUCCAGAGUUCAGUUGUCAUAGGCGUUGUCAGUUCAAACUGUACAUUCUGAUCUGAAAUAUUAUUUAUUUUUGGUAAAGGAACUGAGGAAUUCCUACUUCAUGUAUAUAUGAAUAGUUUUGUUUAUGUCUGUACAUGUUGAUAUGUGUACAUGUAAAUAGUUACGCAAGCGGUUUAGAUUAUGAAUAAUGCAGAAAAAGUUUACAAUUCAUUACUACUAUAAAUUAUCAGGUCAAAAUUUCAUUCGCAAAUGAUGAAAUUGCUGGGCAGGUUAGAAACGACAAUCAAUGGGAUUUUUAUUACAACAGCAGUAGACAUGAUAAAAGGGAAG